GGCGGUGCCGGGCGGGUUCCGUGAGGGCCGGAGCGGAGCGGGCGCGAUGUUGGUGCUGGUGCUGGGCGACCUCCACAUCCCCCAUCGCUGCAACAGCCUCCCGGCCAAGUUCAAAAAGCUGCUGGUGCCUGGCAAGAUCCAACACAUCCUGUGCACAGGGAACCUCUGCACCAAGGACACCUAUGACUACCUCAAGACCCUGGCUGGGGAUGUCCAUGUUGUCAGAGGGGACUUUGAUGAGAACCUGAAUUAUCCCGAGCAGAAAGUUGUGACUGUUGGACAGUUCAAAAUUGGGCUGAUUCACGGCCACCAGGUGAUCCCCUGGGGUGACAUGGCCAGCCUGGCACUGCUCCAGAGGCAGUUUGAUGUGGACAUCCUCAUUUCAGGACACACACACAAAUUUGAGGCAUUUGAACACGAAAAUAAAUUCUAUAUCAACCCAGGAUCAGCUACAGGAGCCUACCAUGCCUUAGAGAACAACAUCAUUCCUUCAUUUGUGCUGAUGGACAUCCAGGCUUCUACAGUAGUUACAUAUGUCUAUCAACUAAUUGGAGAUGAUGUGAAGGUAGAAAGAAUCGAGUACAAGAAAUCCUAAAAAAUGUUUUUGCUUGUCUGGUAUUUUUACCAUCUCCUUCUGAACUGCAAGUUCCAAAACUUGAUUGCUCGUUUACAGCCCUGCACUGUUGCUAACAGCUUAACAAUGUAACUUCUUGUCAUGAAUUUAAACAACCUUGUGUUUGCUUUUCUCUGUAUGAUUUGUAAAAUAUUCCAUUAAGAUAACUGUCUAAAUGCUGUUCCUUUAUGUUGUAAUAAACUCCACUUCAUAGAAAACCUGAGCUUGGGGAGGUGCUGUUGGGGAAGAAUGCAGCAGUUGUGGUGGUUUGGUGUUCCCUUCUAAGGGAUGUUUGUAGAGGCCUUGAACAGAGAUUGAGGGUUCUGGGACCAGGCUGAUAUUUAAUUGUCUCAAUUUAACAUUCUCAGCUAAGUUCAAGGAGUAAAAUGGCUUGACAGGCUCUGAAAGGAUUACAAUUACCUCAUAAUUUAACUGUGGAAAGUCUGAGUCUUUCUCUGAUCAAAGCACUUCCAAAUCUCCACGUGCUUUCAUGAACGAUGAUCUCAUUAAAUCUAUAACCAGUGAGGAGAGGCUUUCCUUUAUUUGUGGCUCACAUCUGACACUCCAUUUUUUGUGCUCUUUGCUCCAUGCACAGAGGCUCUCAGUGAUGUAAUUCCAGGUGACUCUUAAAGCUGCUGAAGAUAAAUCUGGCUUGUUCAAGGAACAGCACCUUGUGGCUCCUCUGUUCCCACAGCUGCAGGGACCUGAAUGUAUUUAACAGCUUCCCUUUCUCACAACUGCUGUAACUUUCCAACAAAACAGAUUUUUAUCUUUUGUCUCCCACAACAGAGUGUUUAGGAUGGGGGCAGUUUCCUUGGCCUUUGGAUUAUGACUUUUCUAUCAGCUAGAACCCUUCUUUCUGUGUCAUGAGCUGACUAAAUUACUCAUUUCUAUUCAAAAUAAACCUGCUUUGCCCUGGA